AUGGCGGCGGUUCGCUGCCUCCUGCUGCUGCUGUGCGGAGCCGCGCUGGGCCCCGCCGUGCACCUGGACUUCGCCGAGCACCGCAGCCAGGCGGCCAAGAUCAAGGUCAACCCCCGCGGCAACCUCUGGGCCACAGGUCACUUCAUGGGGAAGAAGAGUGCCAGCAGCUCCCCACACCUGGAGCCGCCCCAGGAGCCUGCUGUGGUCUUUGGGCCCUCUCUCAGAGCCUUGCUGGAGGACAUGAUGGAGCUGCUCACCAGGGAGCUCCUGAGAAUCCUCCUGCAGGAGAGGCUCCUGAAUGAGGACCAAGGCAAAUACGACCUCACUGACCAGGAGACAGGGAUCCUGACAAAGGUGCUGCAGAAGUAUUUCUCGAGCUGA